CACACAUUUUCACCACGGACCCCUCGAGUAACGGUGAGUGGCAGCCCUUGGGGACAGCACGGUGCCCACAGAGCAGCAAUGAUGGGGAUGAGUUUGUCCCCACAGUCCUGCCGGGGACACCGAGUGCUGAGGACGUGCUGUACUCCACCAUCACCAUCAGAGAGCACAGAGGGGAUGAAGCUCCUGAUUCUUGCUGUGUUUGCCCUCUUUUAUGUGGCCCGCUGUGAGGAGGGUGCCAGGCUGCUGGCCUCCAAGUCUCUGCUCAACAGAUAUGCAGUGGAGGGCAAAGACCUCACUCUGCAGUACAACAUCUACAACGUUGGCUCCAGUGCUGCUUUAGAUGUGGAGCUGUCGGAUGAUUCCUUCCCUCCGGAGGAUUUUGGCAUUGUCUCUGGGAUGCUCAACGUCAAGUGGGACAGAAUUGCUCCAGCAAGCAAUGUGUCCCACACUGUGGUUCUGCGGCCUCUCAAAGCUGGAUAUUUCAACUUCACCUCUGCUACCAUCACCUACCUGGCACAGGAGGGUGGACAGGUCGUGGUUGGUUUCACGAGUGCUCCUGGGCAGGGAGGAAUCCUGGCUCAGCGUGAGUUCGACAGGAGGUUCUCCCCUCAUUUUCUGGACUGGGCAGCCUUCGGUGUGAUGACUUUGCCUUCCAUUGGGAUCCCACUGCUGCUGUGGUACUCAAGCAAGAGAAAAUAUGACACCCCCAAGACCAAAAAGAACUGAGAGUGGCCCCAUGGGCCCGGCACCCCCAGAGCUCAGAAGAGAGCAGACAGAACAGCACAGAGCAGCAGGUGUGUUCAGAUCAUCAUCAUCAGCUCCUGCAAAGCACUGCAUUUCAGCCCUGUUGGUGAGAGGGAUCCCCUGCUGGCUCUGCUGGCACUGCUGUGCUUUUUUUUCUCGAUCUUAUUGCAGUGAAGAGUUGCUGGUUUGGGGUUUUUUUUUUGUAGCUCUGGUGAAGAUUGAGGUGUGUGGAGGUACGGAGGAUUUUGUAAUAAAUACCCUGAAAAUAGCCUGCCUUUCUGUUACUGGGAGGUGCCUCCAGGAGCAGCUGAGGGGUGUGCAGAUGGGAAAAUAAAUCCAUACAUUAUUCCAACAGGAAGAAUAGAAGAGGAGAAGCAGUGGAAGUGUGGGGAGCAGAAUUGGCUUUGCAGGGUUCAUUCCUUUUCUCCCUGUAGGACUGGUACUUGGCACGAGCUGGCCCAGCCACUCCAGGCUGUCGUUCAGUGCUUCCCUGCUGUGAGUGAAUCCCACUGCAGCUCCGGGUUGGACGUGGGUUUGUGCUUUUCCUCUGGAGGUGCUGUGGUGUGAUGAGGAGUGUUGCAGGAGGCAGGAUGAGGUGGGGAAUGGGGAGCCCUUGGAGACCUCUAGGGCACGUGGGGAAACUUCUAAUUCACCCAAGAGCAAAUAGGGGAGGUCUGGAAGUACUCUAGAGUGCCCUAGAGUACAGUAGGGGGUACUUGGAAGUGUCUGUUGUGUCCUAAGGGAUGCCUACAAGAUCUGGGUAUCUCUGGGGUACCCUGAGAGCAGACUGAGGGGGUCUCAGAAGCCUCGAAGUCAUCCCAGAACACACUGAGGAGCUUUGAGAGUUCUCUAGGAUGCUGUGAAGUUACCAAAGCACGGACAAACAAGCUCCAGCAUUGCUGCUAAAGACAACAAGCAGGCAGAUCCCAGCAGCGAUCGGCGGAGUGGAGGGAAAAGGAAACAGCAGAGCUGGAAGUGCACAGCUGAAGUUCCUUCUGGCACACGUUUGUGUGCCUCCGGAUCCCACACACAGGAUUUGGGAGAUCACUGAAACUGAUCUUUUAUUUUUUUUUUUUUCCAAACAAAAAUCUGCAUUUUCAUAGAUAUCACGCAGAGACAAAAUCACAGCCGCGUCACCGCAGCAACCAGAGAGGAAGGCGAAAUCUCCGUUUUAACAACUGUUGGCAUUGCAAUUUUACUAUGGGGAAAAAAGGACAAAUCACCUUUUUUUUUUUUUUUCUCCUCC